AAAGAAUGACAAAAAAAAAUUUCAAAUUUACCAAGACUCCCUAUCUAUCUAUUGAUUGAUUUAUUUAUUUAUUAAUGAUAACCCAAAAUCAGAAUUCGAAACCACAUUAUACCAGCUGAUCUUGUUUUCAUUAAGUUUUUCUCCACUCUCUCUCUCCUUUUAUUUUUUUUUCUUUGUUAUUGUUGUGUUACCUAAAGUGCCCGAAAUGAAAAAAAAAACUUCUUCCCUAUUUCCUUCACUUUUUUGAUUGAAUGGUCAUGAUUUUUAAAAAUCCAUUUUUCAUCACUACUUUCUAAUCGAAAACCCUGUUUGUUUGUUUGUGUGUGUGUGUGUGUGUGUUUUAUGUUUUACAUUGUUUUUCAUUUUCAUUUCGAUUCUCUUAUUCUUUCCUGUUAUUCAUCCGGUAUCUUUUUUUUCCUUGCCAUUCACUGAGAAAUUCCUUAUUCCUUGUAUUCCAAAUUCACAACAACAAUAACGACAGAUAAAAAAACGGCGAACUUUUCAACAUGAAAAUUUUUUCAUCAUUAUUUUUCUAUUUUACAAAUACCUAUAUAUAUUAUUAUUAUACCAGUAAAAAAUUGUUACCACAACAAAACAAACAAACCAAAAAAAAAAAAAAAUCCAACUGUCCACCCAAAUAUGUGCCCAAAAAUAAAAAAAAAAAAAUUUUUUUCACUUUCACACAGCAACAAAAAAAAAUAUAAAUUACCUGAAAACCUUCCAAUGCCAAAAAUAAUGAAAAUAAAAUAAUUUAAAUGAAUGAUGUAUCGAAUUCUUGAUUAAUAAAUUUUUUUUCCAAUUUUUCCAAUGCUCAUGACGUAAAUAGAUCCAUGGCCAUUCGAAUUUUUUUUUAUUGAAUUUAUAAUAAUAAAAUAUCAAACAAAAAACUACGACAUCUAGUUGUGAAAUCGUGAAAAUGAAUUCAAUGAAAUUGGAUUCAUACAUGUGUUCUGUGUGUGCGUAACACCUGGUUGCACGUAUGCAUGUGAUUUGUCUAUUUUCAUCUCAAUUUUGUUUUCUCAUUAUCAUUAAUUACACACUUUAUUUUAAUCAUUAUCAUCAUUCGAUCAUGGUACACAUCAUGGCAAACAACUCGGCAAAUAAUUCGCCAAAUAAUUCAAUGAAUCGUUCCAUUCAAGAUAAUGUUCAUUAUUCAUCGGGCAAGAAAAAAAAUCGUCCAUCAUCAUCAUCAUCAUCAUUUCAGAUUGUUAAAUGUAAUAAAUGUCAGAUACAAAUUACUAAAAAUAAUCUAUCCAAACAUGAAGAAAUGAAUGAACGUUCUUGUGCUCAUUUUAUUCAAUCAUUUUUUCAAUUAUCCAACCAUUCAACGAACAGAUUUGAUGAAUCAAUUUUGAAAAAUCGAUUGAAUUUAUUUGAGCAUCCAUUCUUGAUUGGUGACGAUAUUCUAUACACAUCAUCGAUUGAAAAAAUAAAAACCGACUCAAUACAUCUUAAUAAUAAUGAUGACGAUGAUAACGUCAUUUUCUUGUCCACCGAAUUAAUGGAACAUUCAAAUUUACAAGAUGGUGAUCUUGUCAAUGUAAUCGAUAUGAAUAAUAAUGCUGAUAGUAAUUUUUUCACUGUUCAAUCUUGUCAAUCGUUGAAAUCGUGUCUGUCAAUCGGUUUUCAUAAAGAUUAUUUUUUCCAUUCUAAUCAGAAAAAAGCUUCCAUAUUGACUAAAUCAUCAACUGUGUUGAGAAUCAAUUUGAAAAUUAUUGCCCAUACAUUGAAAUCAUUGUAUAUUGGAUUCUUACGUGAAUUUAGCGAUCCAAUUGUAUAUGUAAAUAUUUGUAAUAAUAUUAAAAAACAAUUAAGAAAAAAAGUUAUUGAUCGACAACAAGAUUUUAUCACUGUUAUUAUGAAUGAUAUUGAAUAUCGGUUGAAAAUAUUGGCCAAAAAUAGUGAACAAGAAACAACGAACAAACAGAAUAAUACUGAUUCAACGUUAGAAAAUGAUUUCCAUAAUCUAUCGAUUUCGCAACGAAAUUCUGAAAUCAUUCCUUAUUCAGCAUUUUUCAUCACUGAAGAGACUAAAAUCAUUUUCAGUCCAUUAAAAUUUUAUGAAUUGGAUUCCGAAUUUGUUGCCUAUAAUGAACGAUUCGAAUUAUUACAAUCACUUUUAUUGAAUUCCAUUGAUGGUUAUCAAAAAUCAGCCAAUAUUCUGAUUACCGGACCAUCGGGUACCGGUAAAACAUUGGCCAUGAGAACAAUGAUGCAAAAAUUGUAUGGAAAAAUGAAUAUAAUUGUUCUACCAAGUACAAUUUUCCUAUCCAAAUCAUUUGAAUAUGAGAAAAUAAAUCAGCUAUUGAAACAUUUGUCCAAUCUUAUGCCUGUACUGUUAUUUAUGGACAAUUUGGAAGAUGUUUUGAAUGAAAAAAAUAAACUCGAUAAACGUCUUGUAUCAUGGCUAAAAGUUUUAUUCGAUGAUCAACCACGUAACAAUAAUCAUCAAAUAAUCAUUGUUGGUGCAACUAAUCGUACCGAUUUAUUGGACGUUUCAUUAAGACAAUAUGGAAGAUUUGAAAUUGAAAUUGAUUUUCCUAUACCAUCACCUAAAGAUCGUAAAUUAAUUUUCAAUGAAAUUAUUAAAAAUUAUCCACAUGAAUUAACCGCCGAACAAAUUGAACGAUUAACCGAAACAGCACAUGGAUUCACUGGUGGUGAUUUAAAAUCAUUGUGUAAGAAUUAUUUCGUCAAACAAACCGAUGAACAAUCUAGAAUCAUUCGAUUCGAAUCGAUUUAUCGAUUAAUGUUACAAACAAAACCAAGUACAAUGUUUGAAAUAACAUUGGAAACGCCAAAUGUUCGAUGGUCAGAUAUUGGUGGUUUGAAUAAAUUGAAACAAUUAUUGGAAGAAUGUGUUGUUUGGCCAAUCAAACAUCCAGAUGCAUUUGUACGAUUCGGUAUCGAUCCACCGAAAGGUAUACUAAUGUAUGGACCACCUGGUUGUUGUAAAACAAUGAUUGGUAAAGCAUUAGCAUAUGAAAGUGGUUUGAAUUUUUUCUCCAUUAAAGGGCCAGAAUUAUUCAAUAAAUGGGUUGGUGAAUCCGAAAGAGCCGUAAGAGAAAUAUUUCGUAAAGCUAGAGCAGCUUCUCCUUCCAUUUUAUUUUUCGAUGAAAUUGAUGCAUUAGCUAGUGAACGUGGUCAACAACAAUCAGUUGUUGGUGAUAGAGUUUUGGCACAAUUACUAACUGAAAUUGAUGGAAUUGAAAAACUUGGCCAAGUAAUAAUUAUUGCAGCUACAAAUCGUCCUGAUAUUGUUGACAAAGCAUUAUUAAGGCCAGGACGGCUUGAUUCUAUUGUUUAUGUUUCAUUACCAGAUAUGGUAACAAGAAAAGAAAUUUUCAAGAUUAGAUUAACAAAAAUGCCACUAAAUGAAACAAUCAUAUUUGAUAAUCUUAUUGAAAUAUUGGCAAAAAAAUCUGAUGGCUAUUCUGGUGCCGAAAUACAAGCCAUAUGUCAACGUGCAGCAUUGUUAGCAUUAUCUAUGGAUAAAAAUGCACAAACAAUUCAAGAGGAUCAUUUUCUACAAUCAUUGACAAUGAUACGACCACAAACAUCAUUGGAUACAAUUGAAUUUUAUGAAAAAUUUGCUGCCAACUAUAAUGUUAUGUAAUCAUGUUGAAAAUUAAGAAGAAAAAAAAAUUAAUAUGCAAAAUAUGUGAAUGAUGA